CUUCUACGCGUUAAGAAUGUGCUCUUCGAACUGAUGAGGUCAAGCCGGUUAAGGUGAGGGUCACGCGACCUGCGAUAAAAGUCCGUUUUGGCCAAAAAGCGCGAGUCUUAGUCGCGUCAUGGCCCCGCUUGCACCGCCCGCCUGCAUCCCUCAUCUGCCUUCUAUUUGCAAGGCGGCGCCGUUCAGCGAUGACCCUGAGGCGGUCGCCGAGUGGCACCGCUGCGACUACACCACAAAAAUCACCGCCGAAGUGGCCAAGGCGGGAACAGCAAAGAGGCCGGUGAGAGUGUACGCAGACGGCAUCUACGACCUUUUCCACCAGGGCCACGCUAGACAGCUCAUGCAGGCCAAAAGCAUGUUUCCAAACGUCUACCUCAUCGUCGGAGUGAACGGCGACACGUUGACGCACGCGAAAAAAGGUCGGACGGUGAUGUCUGAGGACGAAAGGUACGAUGCGGUGCGGCAUUGCAGGUAUGUGGACGAGGUGGUGCGUGACGCGCCUUGGCAGCUCGAAGACCACUUCUUGAGCCGCCACAAAAUUGACCUCGUAGCGCACGAUGACGAGCCGUACUUGACGGGCGUUGGUGGCGUCGACGCAUACGCCCUUGUUAAGCGACGGGGCAUGUUCGUGGCCACUGAGCGCACUGGGGGUGUCUCCACCUCAGACCUGGUCGCCCGCAUUGUCAAAGACUACGACGUGUAUGUGCGCAGGAACCUGGCCAGGGGCUACUCAGCCAAGGAGCUCAACGUCUCUUUCCUCAGGGAGAAGAAGCUAAUGAUCCAGGAGAAGGUGGACAAACUGAAGGACAAGAGCAAACGCAUGUUCGAGACCAUAGACGAGCGCAAGUCAGACAUGAUAUGCAAGUGGGAGGAAAAGUCUAGAGACUUCAUCGAUGCUUUCUUACUCCUCUUUGGCCGCGAAGGUCGCUUGCAGCACAUGUUGACCGAAAGCAGAGGGCGUUUGUUGCACGCGUUGUCGCCGCCAGGCAGCCCAAGCCGCAACAGUACCUCGUCCUCCGACGACUGCGAUGAAGUUUUGAGCCCUCCUGUAAAGACAGCUCGGUAUGAAAUCAGCCCUUCAUCUUCGCACACUCUCCGCGUCCAUCCAACAAACGGUGACUUCUCGGAAAAUGAAGACCUUUGAUUUUUUAUGAAUUUGAAAUAAACUAGCAAUAAAUAUG